AUGGCUGCUCGUGAACUCUUCAAGCCAAUUUCGAUUGACAAGAAGUUGGGAGAGAUUUAUUUCGACGAAAAAUGCCUACUCAACGGUUACGAGGCCGCACCGAAGACAAAUCCCUUUACCGAUGCGGCGGCUGAAGCGGCUUUGAAGAAGUAUCAGGAUCCAAAGAAAGCGAUAAAGAUUAAACUCAUGGGUUUGUCAGAUACCCUUAGAUUUGAUAAGAGUUCCAAAUUCAGCAAGAAGUUGCCUUAUUCAAAAGUCAAGUACUCUGAGGUGAAAUUCCACAAAGUCUUCAAUCAUUCCAAGACAAACCUAGUCCUCGGUGUUCAAGGACCAGAUAAAUUGAAUCAAUACCUUAUUAUCGGUUUCCAACAGCCUAUCAAGGCCUCCCAUCUAGAUAGUCAACUUGAUUACGCUGAUCUGGCUCCUAAGAACAAUUUGAAAAAUAAGAUCCCGUUAUCUGAUGUUUCAUCUCAUCGCGACCCUUCACCGGUUUAUAAUAACGUAACACCUCCAAUAGUCAACACAGAAACUAGUCGUCGAAUGUCUCAAGAUUCAUUUACUGGUCUGAAUGGGAGAAAUCAGGAAAUUGCUGAAAUUCAAGAGAUUGGCCAACCUAAGACUAGGUACGAAAUGGUAGAAAUUUCAGCGGAUGUAAAUUCUCCGAUAAUGGAAAGAAAUUCAAUCCACAGUUCAACUUCCUCAUUCUUUCAAAAACCAAUGACACCUCAGUCUAUUACACACACAAUAACGAGUAGGUCUUCUAACCACUCACAUAGUGAAACAAUUAGAGAUUUAACCAAUCAGCGACAAGAAUACUCCCCGCUAUGCUCAAAAUGUCGUUCAAAGUGUGAAUCCCUCGUUAGCACUGCAACAUCACCUCUUGCAUUGCCUAAAGAAAGUUCUGCUGUUGGAAAAUUCCCAACUACUAAUUCCAUCUCCUCGUCCUCAUCGACAAAACCUCAAUCUAAAUCUCUUAACACUGUCUCUCGAUCUAACACCGUCUCAUUUAGCCGUCGAUCUAGGGACAAAUAUCAUAAUAGGCGUUCGGAUAGCAUGACAUCAACUUCGUCUCGUCAUACUGUUACUACUGACGCAAGCUCACAUUAUGUUCUUGAUGAAGAACGCGAGCUUUUUGAGCACCAUCAUAGGGGGUCCGCCCAUAUGAAUGGAGGAGAGGAAAGGCCGUAUCCAGCAAACGCUGAUACAGUCGUUGUAAGGGCUAACUCGCCGAUGUAUAGGACUAAUCCAAGAACUAGGUCACAUUCUGGCUCAAGGCAGACAAAACACAAAAAGAAGAAGUCUAAGCAUGGACACCGUGCGAGGUCAAUGGUAGCAACAAAUAAUGUUCCAGUUCAAGAAUAUCGCUCUUCUCAGCAGUAUGCCACUAAUCAAAGCCAUAUGCCCAUUCAAAAGAGGACUAUUACUACUACUUCUUCGUCUAAUCGCAAUUUUGAUAAACCCCUCUUCAUUCUGGCAUCUGGUCGUUUCAAACCUUUCUCCGAAUUUUCUCAUGAGCAUGACCCCGAACAGCAUGGGAUUUGUUCAAUUUGUGGGGAAGAAGGUGUUGGUGACCCAAGACAGGUUGAGAUUAUUCGUACUGACAUUGCCAAAGGUCCAGUAAUUUCUGAUGAGGGGUGCGUCUAUAUGUAUAGCGCAACUAAACCGGUAGACUAUACCAAUCGUAAUGGAACACUCCGGAGAAGUAACAAAUCAAGUAGACGUGCUCGACUGUCAGUGAGCAGUUUAGAAUCAAAUCAUGAAAGACCUGUGCAACCUGACUUAGCGCCAAUUUACCGAAGUGCAGUUCCAGUUCAAGAGGAGCAAAUAACUCAGUCGCAUGCUAAAAAGAAGGGGUCAUUUCCAUACGCUGAUGAAAGGAUAAAGUCUUAUCAAACAUCUAAUGAAAACUCUAUUUCCAGCAAGACUAGGAAAGACCCAAGAAUUCUUGUAGGCGCUGUACCAGUUUACCGGAAUACUUCUCCCAGUGAUCCUAACAUUGCUGAUGUGAUUAUCCCCAUCGAGUUGUCAAGACAGCGUAAUAAGAAUAGGCGAUACAGCCACAGCCACAGUCACAGCAGACAUAGCUCCAUGUCAGAGGGGGAGAAUAUCGUUAGGCCUGUGGGAUCUGUGAGCUAUGAGGAAAUUCAACUCUCUUCUGACCAUUAUGCCUCGCACGAUUCUGGAAGUCGUAGGAGCAGUGGGAAAAAGAAAAUCUACAGAAUUGAAAGUAGUGACAGUGACUCCUCAACUGUUUCUGAUAUAAGCAAUCCGCGUCUCACUGGUAGCAUCAAGGUGAAACCCCUUCAUUACUGA